AUGGAAUUCCAUCAACAUCCUACACAAAACUACGCGCAAUCGGCUGGCCAACAAAACUCGACACCCCCUCAUCACUUUGUUCAACAAGCUCCGGCGACUGGUUUCCCCAUUGCCUCAACGAACCACCAAUAUCCUCCGCAAACCUACAUGCAACACGCCGGCCAACCAAACUCGGCACCCCCUCAUUAUGUUAAUCCUCAACAAGAUGGCCAGGUCCCUUGGUCAACCGGACUCUACGACUGCUUCUCCGAUGUUCCAAACUGCUGCAUCACAUUCUGGUUUCCCUGUAUCACCUUCGGACAAAUUGCUCAUAGAGUAGACCAUGGCUCAGUCCUUUGUGAAGCAUGUGCGGCAAUCUAUUUGGUCAUCAGAAUGUUCACACGGUUCCAUUGCAUCUUCUCCUGGUUCUAUCGGUCCAGAAUGAGGAGUCGAUACAUGCUGGAGGAGAGUCCCUGCAACGAUUUGUGCGUUCAUCUCUGGUGCGAGAACUGCGCCUUGUGCCAAGAAUAUCGCGAACUCAAGAACAAUGGCUUCCACAUGUACCACGGAUGGCAUGGAAACACGACGGGGCAGCAAAAUCAUGGUAUGCCCAUGCAACCAGCUCCAGUGAUGGAAAGUGGCAUGAAAAGAUGA